AUGGAGAUAUGUGGAACAGUCAUUGGAAACAUUUCCCAAGGUCCUGAGUAUAGAGAAACCUAUGAUCCUAAGAGAACACGGGGAAUCCAGAAGGUAAAUGCCAUAGGGGAUAAGCAACAUAAAUGUGAUGAAUGUGGGAAAAGCAUCAUGCAGAAUGCAGACCUCAUUCAGCCAGACUUUUUUCAUCACCAGAAAAUCCAUACAGGAGUAAGACCAUAUAAGUGUGAAGAAUGUGGUAAAACUUUCAGAUAUAGGUCAGUCCUUGUUCAACAUCACACUGGGGAGAAACCUUAUAAACGCAAUGUGUGUGGGAAAGCCUUUUGCCAGAAGUCAGGUCUUUUUAAUCAUCUUAAGACUCACACUGGAGAAAAACCAUAUCAGUGUAAUCAGUGUGGUAAAGUUUUAGUCGACAUUCCAUACUUGCUCACAGAACAUCAGAGAAUUCAUAUUGGAGAAAAAUCCUAUAAGUGUAAUAAAUGUGGGAAAACAUUCACACAGAAGUCAGAUCUUAUUGGAUAUCAGAGAAUAUGUCCUGGGGAAAGACCCUAUCAGUGUGAUAAGUGUGGAAAUACCUUCUGUGGAACAGCUAGCUUUAUUCAGCACUAG